AUGAAGUACCGUACAGCCGCAGCCAUUGCGAUGUGCCUCACCAACGGGGCCAUCGCGGCGCCGACGCAGUCCAACGAACAGGGCAUGAGCAUGUACAAGCACACAAACCAGCUCGCCAAGGAUAUGGAGCGUCGUGACCGCACUGCGGAGCUGUCCGAGAUGAUCCAGAACGCCCUCGUUGUGGCUGAUGAGGAAUCUCGACAGAAACGCGACGACAUCGAGCAGGGUGCCGCAAAGGCCCUGAGCCAGACGGGUAAAUUUACACAGAUGGGCUCGGAAGAGGAGGGGGCCGACGCCGAAUCUCUCUGGAAGAUGCCAAGCAGGCGAUCCAUGGCCAGGAAGCACAGGCACAAGCCCAAGCACCCACUCCAUGCCCGCCUGGAGGACGAAGAGGAGGCGACGGCAGAGAAACGCCAGGAGAAGGCGGGGGAGAAGAAGCCUGAGGAGCCCAAGCCCGAGGCUGGCAAGAAGGGUGAGGAGCCCAAGCCUGAUGCUGGCAAGAAGGAGGCGAAAGAACACAAGGAAGAGGCGAAAGAACACAAGGAAGAGGCGAAAGAACGCAAGGAAGAGGCGAAAGAGCACAAGGAGGAGGCGGGAGAGCACAAGGAAAAGCCUGGGCACAAGGAAAAGUCUGAGCACAAGGGCGGAAAGGGCGAGAAGCCAGGGCAUUCCAAGGCCGAUAAGGAGAAGAAGUUGAAGAAGUUGCUGAAGAACAAGGGCCUUCUCAACAAGGACGGCGAGCUCAAAUUCGACAAAUUCGGCAAGGACCACAAGGAGAAGAAGAAGUUGUUGGAGAAGAUUCUGAAGAAGAGCGGUCUUCUCAAGACUACAAGCAAGCUCAAGCUCGACAAAGUCUUGAACAAGCUCAAAGUCUCGAAGCUCACGGGCAAGCUCAAAGUCAACGAGCUCACGGACGCGCUCGGCGCCGGGGAGCUCACUGACAGCCUCGGCGUCACUGGCGGCAAGCACCACGGCAAGUCCCCCGGGCACAGCAACAAGUUCAACCUCUAA